GCCCUAAGAAGGUAAUAUAGUAUAAGGUAAAUUAUAGAUAACAUAUCAUGUAAGCAUAAUACAUAAUGUAAUUGGCCACUGAAAAUCCCAGAGUAAACUGAAUAUUAAUAUCAAACUGCCUGAAGAAUAUAAGAAUGUAAGCUGGCCUAAAAGCUAUAUCAAGAAGUUACCAAGCCUAUUAGCGAAAGUGUUUGAUGACUGUGGUAAAUGCUUUCUAUUUUGGCAGCAUAACAAACACCAAAAGCCGCGGUUGCUUGUACCAUAUUAAGAAUUUAAAUUGGAUUUUCUAGAUUUGUCGAAUGGCAGGUGGCAGUAACUUCCGAUUUCAUUUCUCAAUUUUUGUUUAAACCGGUAGAGUGGGUGUGUGAAAACCAUUGCUUUGUGUGGUUAUUGAAAGAUUUUUAUUCGACUUAUUUCCUAAAAUGGAAGCACUUGUAACCAUUCUAAAGUCUUUAUGUCUUUAAUAGGUCAACUGUGGUAUGUUUUUAAAUUUUAAUGGUUCAAUAAUGAAUUCUUUUUCAACACAUGAUGCAGAGUUUAUUUAUAUUCUCAUACUUUUUUCAAUUAUAUAAGACAUAAGACUAUGGUCCAGUUAUGUCUAUUUAUUUCAGUUCAGUACUAAAUGUAUAUCUGACAUAUCUAUACUAUAGAGUAUAGUACGGACAUCGAGUAAUAAAAAGUUAAAACUUAUCUGUAAACUAGUAAUAAAUAAUAUGCCUUUUCAAAGCAAACAUGAUAGGAAUCGCCAGAUAAAAUGAAUAUACUGCACUGUCCUCAAAAAAUGUUUGAAAAAAUAUCAAAGGGAAGCCAAAGGCGAUGUUAUUGGUUACUUUAUAAGCUUUACAAUUGGCUAAAUCUGAUGGACUCUGAUUGGCUAAAAUUGCAACCAAACUGUUUCUGAAAAAUUCUUUUCAAGCCCGCGAGCUUUCUUCCCUUCUCCAUAUGCCUGAAAAACUUCAUGUAAAUAUAUAUAUCGUCAUUUCACAAUAUGGCGGACGAAUUUCGAAAAAGACAAUUUACUCGCAAAAGAACAUUAGAAAAAGAGCUCAAAAGUAAUAAUUUGGAAACUUUUAAACCAAAAUCCAGCUUAAAAGACUCGAAUAUUUUAUUUGGUUUAAUAAUUUUCCGUUUGUGCAAUGUUUUUCUUGUCCAAACUUGGUUUGUUCCCGAUGAGUUCUGGCAGGGCCCAGAGGUCGCCCACAAAAUGGUAUUUGGCUAUGGUCAUUUGACAUGGGAAUGGCGAGAAGGGAUUCGAGGCUACGUCUAUCCUCUUCUCUUUGCGUCUGUGUAUAAAAUCCUUGACAUUUGUAAAAUGGAUUUCCCAAUUUUGAUUAUUUAUUUGCCAAGAAUUAUUCAAGCCAUAUUUGGUGCUAUUGGGGAGUACUAUAUUUAUAAACUUGCACGAUUACUGUAUGGUUCCAGUGUUGCAUGGUGGGUCCUGUUCUGUGAAGUAACAUCAUGGUUUACAUUUUAUUGCAUUACUCGGACGCUGACGAAUUCAAUGGAAACCACAUUGAUUUCUAUUGGCUUGUAUUACUGGGAAUUGUCACAAAACACCAAACCUAAUACCACGUCAGAAAUUGUUAAACAAACAUCAGCUAUUUACAAAGCAUUGAUUUUAGCCUCGUUUUCAUGUCUGGUUAGGCCGACCGCAUUGGUAAUAUGGAUACCCCUUGGUAUUGCAAGAUUGCGAAGAGUGUUGCCUGUACAUUUUUUCUUCAUCUUUAUAGUUCCAAUUGGAAUAUGUUCUCUCAUAUUUUCAGUUUUAGUUGAUAGUUAUUUUUAUGGCAAAUUUGUAUUUGUUCAGUAUAAUUUCUUGUACUUCAAUAUAUUGCAAAAUAUUGGUGAGUUAUAUGGAACACACCCUUGGCAUUGGUGAGUAUGUAGUUUUCAUAUUGUAGUAUGUAGUUUUCAUAAAUUGUAUGGUUAAUUUUUAAUAUGCUAAUUGCCCAUUUUAUACAAGGUGGAUCUUCAAUCAAGCCAAAAUAUCAUGCAUAUACAUUUGAAGCGUAUGCUCUGUUGAGAUGAAUUGCUUCCAGGGGCCGAUUGUUCAAAAGCUUGAUUAGCGUUAGGUUAAAAUUCAAAAUGUGUUAAAAUGAAUAAUCUGUUAGAUGGAUGAAAGUUUAUUUUUUGAACUACUAGGUAUGUAACACAAGGAAUACCAGUGGUAUUGCUGAGCUAUCUCGUUCCAUUUGCGAUUGGACUUUAUUACUAUGGAAAAUCUCUACAGAAAUGGCUUUUACUUAUUGUUAUUGACAUUGCUGUAUUCAGGUUAGUAGUAUAUAUACUACAUGUAUAUAAUAAAUUGUAGUUGUACAAUGUGCAUUGUAUUGUAGAUCUGGCAUUAGACAGAAGAUUAUAUUAAAGUAGUAGGGUGCAAUGGUGCAGCGUAAUGGGUUAAUUACAGUGAAACUGGAUGUUCUCUUGCGAGCAAUAUUGUCCCACAAUAUUGCAAUUUUGAUGGGCAAAUUGCUCAGAGCAAUCUGUCUAUCAAAAUUGCAAUAUUGUGGGACAAUAUUGCAAUGUCGCUCGCAAGAGAGCAUCCAGUUUCACUGUAACCACAAAAUAAAAUUUCUCUUCCUACCUUUUAGCCUCCUAAGUCACAAAGAGUUCAGAUUCAUCCUUCCUAUAGUUCCUAUGGCAAUGUUUAUUUGUGGCAAAGGAAUGCAUCACAUAGCAACUACAAGUUUUUCUACAAAUGUGAAGAAAGAUGAUGAUAACUCAAGUAAGAGUCGUCACUUGAGUACAAAAUGCAAACUGUUGGUUAUCUUCUUGAUUCUAACAAAUGUUCCUGUUGCUCUGUAUACUGGCCUAAUCCACCAACGAGGGACGCUUGAUGUGAUGAGAGCUGUUGAGGGAAAUGUUCGAGAUAUGCCAAAUGCUAGUGUAUUGUUUCUGAUGCCUUGUCACUCAACACCAUAUUACAGGUAUGAAACCAAAACCCAUUGACCCCUUCUGGGGCUGGUUGUAUCAAAAGGUAGUUAACCCAUUGAGCCGCAAUGUGCCCUACUUAUUUUUUUACUUGUCUAACACCAGACGAUUUAACUUGUCAAUGGGGAAGCUCUGCAGCUUAAUGGGUUAAAGUUAACCACAAUUAGUGGAAAAGUUAACCAAUCAAAAUCGUGUAUUCACUUGGCCACCAUAUUUGAAAUUUCAAGUUGGUUGUGACUACUGCUAUGUGUGCAAAUUCAAGUUCAAAUGUGCUUUCAUGUUUUACUGGGGUUAGGAUUCUAGAUAGAUAAGACUACAACUUUUAUCAAUAACAGAAUAGAUGGGUAUCAUUAUUCACACAUUGUACCCUCCCCCACCCCCAAUUUCUGCCUGGAUUUCAGCUUUUCACAAGGGCAGUCAUUCUGUCCAUUGGGGGGCAGAGCCCCACCCCCUUGGUUACACCACACUGGUCUUCUCAUAUCAUGCAUCUUACAGCAUUGAGCACGAAAUGACUCAGUAAGGAACAUUCAAAUUAAUAUUUCACUCCGUCUAAUGCUAGAUGAUUUUAAUCAUCAAGUUAUCUCAACAUGUAACACUUCUUUUUGUUUUUAGCUACCUACACAAGAAAGUUGAGAUGAGAUUUUUAGAUUGUAGUCCAAGUGAGCAACCUGGAUACAUUGAUGAAGCCGAUAGGUUUUAUAAAAAUCCACAAAACUGGCUGAAUGAAACGUUUAACAAGAAACAAGACCUACCAUCUCACAUAAUAUUCUUUGAUGUUUUAUUCAAAGUGAGUUUUGAUUGCCAGAAAAUUUUAAGGUUUAUUUUAUAAUUUGUAACAACUCAAUUCAAUCUUUUAGGACAUAAAAGCCUUCCUUGAAGAAUAUUUUUACACCGAGGUAAUUAUAUCAGUCUCUGUAUGGCACUUUUCAGGGCCAAACAUUUUACAAUAAUCAAAAAUUUGUUUCAUGAUAUUCUGAAACUAAUUUGUAUUGUUUCUUUUUCAGUGUGGAAGAUACUUUUAUACUCCUUUUCCCUCGGGACGGUUGGGUCAGUCGGUUCUUUUAUUUUGCAAAGCUGGCAAUUUGUCACAUAGCUGA